AUAUAGUGAAUGCAGGGUCCGGGGAGAGCGGAUAUAGUGAAUGCAGGGUCCGGGGAGAGCGGAUAUAGUGAAUGCGGGGUCCGGGGAGAGCGGAUAUAGUGAAUGCGGGGUCCGGGGAGAGCGGAUAUAGUGAAUGCGGGGUCCGGGGAGACCGGAUAUAGUGAAUGCAGGGUCUGGGGAGAGCGGAUAUAAGCGGAGAUAUUUGUUAUGUUGUUCAUUUUCAGAAUUUAUUUUGUAUCAAGGAGCGGGCAGCCUCCGGGUCCUUAACAAACCAUGACUCGUCUGCUGUCAGCAUAUUUUUAUUGGGGGGUUCCCCUCAAAAUCCGUAC